CAACUUCUCCCCCUCCCUAGUAUUAAAUCCUCCCCUUCUAUCACUUUCAUCUUUUCCGAUAAUAGUUUGAAGCCGUGGAAUUUCAGCUAUUACCUGCUGUUUAUCUCAGUUGGCCUUUGAACUAUACAUGCUUUGGAUUCUGUAAUGGGCUUGAGCAAAACUGAAGUGAACUUGAGAAGGUUACUUGCAGCAGCUCCACAACAACAAAAUCAGGGAAAGCUUGUACAUUAUGUGGCCACUUUAAGAGAGCAAUUGGCUGAAGAGAGGACUCCUGAAGGUUUGCCAAGGGUAUCAAAAGCUCAGUUAAAUGAAUAUUCUGAGAAAAUUGAAGCUGUAGCAGCUAAGUUAGAUGUCAAUGAGUACAGACCCCCAUCGGGAGAUAGAUCCCCCAGUAGUAUCGAGGACAGUAAUAAUGCGAAGUCUGUCAAACUGGAUGCUGCAGCACAUGCUCAUAUUGAGAAACACAGACAACUACAAGAAGAUUUGACGGAUGAAAUGGUUGGUUUGGCACGAAAACUCAAAGAGAGUAGCCUUAUGAUUAGUCGGUCCAUAAAAAAUACAGAGAAGAUACUCGACUCAACUGAGAACGCAGUUGAGCAGAGCUUGGCGAGCUCUGGACAUGCAAACACUCGGGCAGUGGAGGUUUAUUCGCAGAGUCUGAAAACAACGUGCUUUACAUGGCUCCUGAUCUUCGCCAUGACGUGCAUAUUCUGUUAAAUGGUAUAGACAACAUAUUUAGAGAAGAAAGCAAUGGGAGAAGAUUAUUGUAUUUUGAUUGAAUGAUGAAAUGGUACUCAACACCCAUAUAUUUAUAGGGAUGUUGGUGACUUUUGAGA